AUGUUAGGCGGGUUCGCGGAUAGCAGCGAGGAUGAAUUCCCCGAGAUAGAUCUGGUCGUCAGCCGCUAUCAUAAAGUAUCAGAGAAGUCGAAAGGUAAACGUGAUGAAGCACAUCGUGAAGCCGAACGAAAGGCGGCAAAGUCGAUUCCACAGACGGAAUGCGACGUGCCUUCUAAGUCAAAUCCAGCAGUUAAGGCAACACCUCUUCGACGACGAAAGCUAGGCCAGGGCCAAAUCGUGGACGGAUCUCUUUUAAAGCCAUGGGAUGACACCGCAAUUAUUAGGGGGAAGGGUAGCCACACAUCAAAGCCAACGACAACUCGUGCUCCUGUUCAAAAAACAAGCACUAAGCCAAAAGCAUCCUCUUUCGAUGCACCAAAUUCAGAUAUAUUACCAACCACAGCUCGUCAAGCGGGUUCCCUUACUAUUUCAUCCAGCACCAAGCCGGUUCUACUACCAAAGGCAAGGGAGACCUACAAUGAAAAAAGUAGACAGAAGGAUGAAAACAAAGAAACUAGACGGAUUUCUCGGAAGCCAGCUAAGAAAUCAAUACAGUCGGAUGAGUCUGAAGAAGAACUAGAAGAUGUAGAGACGAGCGAAGAAGAAGUAUCCGAGUUUGUCUCAAUAUCCGAAUCCGAAUCAGAUACGUGGAAUUCGGAUUCGGAGCAUUCCGAGCAUUCUUCAACACCACCUCCACGACGCUCAAAAAGUCCCAUAGCUCAAUGGGGAAGACCCCAGAGAAAGUUGUUUGGAGACCCAGGUAAAAAGGCGGCACCCAGCAACAAGCAACCUCAAGCGACCAUUGCCAACCCAAGCAAGCGCGGAUCCAAACAACGCGAUCAGGGGGAGAGUAUUCUUGACUACUUCAAGCCUUCUCGGUCAGGAAACCUAGAAGACGCAUUUCAAAAACUUCACAUCUUCAACGAGGACUCGGAUUCAGAUGAACCAUCAAGUAAGAGAGCCAAGAAUCCAGUGCUGGAGCCUACGACUCCAAAAAGGGCGCAGAAGACGCUACCCGCAUCUCCCCUCAAGACGCCUAGGAUCCCGGCAUCGCCCUGGAAGCCCGAGCAUAAGGAGUUCUGGGAUCCAGAGGUGAACUUCGCCUGGAUCGACGAGCACUCGCCGGAGAAGCCCAAGACCGAGGUGCCGGAGAAGGCGACUAAGGCGAAGAAGCAGCCGGGAGAAACCAAACGGAAGCCCGGCGCGAGCCCGGCGAAACAGCUCCGGGACGCCCGGCGCGCGUUCGACGCCAGCAAGGAGGACUUGGCGCGGACCUUCCUCUGCGAGUUAGACGAGCGCGUGACGAAGGGCCAGCUAGGGAAGCUCACGCGGGAAACGGGCGGGCUGCAGAUCAAGUGGUCCAACACGCUGCUCACGACGGCGGGGCGCGCACAUUGGAAAUGCCGGACCGAGUCGACGACGACGCGGCACGCCGACGGGACCAGCAGCCAGGGGGCCACGACGCGGAAGCACCACGCGUCCAUCGAGCUGGCGUCCAAGGUGCUCGGCAACGAGGCGGACCUCCUCAACACCGUCGCGCACGAGUUCUGCCACCUGGCCGUGUUCAUGCUCGGCGGGCCCAACGCCGAGCCGCGCGGCAUGGGCGAGAGAGCCAAGAAGCCGGCGGCCCACGGCCCCGAGUUCAAGGCCUGGGGCGCGCGGUGCGGCGCCCUGUUCGGCGGCCGCGGCAUCCAGGUCACCACCAAGCACAACUAUGAGAUCGAGUUCAAGUACAUAUGGCGCUGCGGGGACUGCGCCAUCGAGGUUAAGAGGCAUUCGAAGAGCGUGGACCCCGAGCGCCAGCGGUGCGGUGGGUGUCAUGGGAAACUCGUCCAGAUUAAGCCUGUGCCGCGGGGUGCUGGUGCUGGUGCCGGUGCUGCUACCAAAGCCGAUGCUGGUGCUACAGGGGGUAACAGCACCGAGGCAGGCGGAAACGGAAACGGGAGCGGAAGCGGCAACAAGAAACACGGUGGCGCGGCAGCCAUGCCGAAAAAGAGGAGCGCGUGGCAGGAGUUCAUGACCAAGGAAACGCGCGUCUUGAGCCAGACGAAUCCCGGACUGUCGUUCAAGGAGCGGAUGGCGCUCAUAUCGGCGCGGUGGCAGGAGCAGCAGAAGAAGCAGAACAAGACGAAUAAUAACACCGCCACUACCACCAACAACAACAACAAUAAGGGGAAACAGGCUGUGAAGGAGUUGCAAAGCGCGGUUGAGAUCCUGACGAUCGACGACGAUGAAGACGACGACGAUGAGGGGGGCAAGCAGGACGAGGAAGAAGAAGGCGAAGGCGAACAAAAGGAAGUGGAAGAACAAGAUACGGACGGCAAGCCCUAUGACAUCUUUGCGUAG